AUGGGUCGAGGGUCGCUCUUCGAGGAAACCCCCGGGGCGGACGACGACGAGGCUCUCAAGCAGGGUACAGGGGGGCUGCCGAAGGAGGGGGCCCCCCCGCCCAUGGCCGACCACGCGCCUCCUCCGCCUUGCCAGGAGUCCCUCGAACCGCGGGAAAGGGGCCCUGCAGAUGGCAGCUGCGGCGUUGACCUCAAGAUGGGGAGAAAAACCCGCGUCGAUCUCAGCAGCAGCGCGAGGGGGAGACACAGCCGCCGGCCGUCCAGGACCCCGCCAAAGGAACGGCUUCACAGACGCUUCACAGCAACACACCAGACCAUCACCCGACGCAACCCGCCCCACCACGGCCCGCAGCGUCAGCUUUCCCCACCUCAGCCCGCAGCAGUACCCCCGCAGGGAGGGCCCCAGCCAAACCUACCACCCCGGGAGGAGGGACGAAGAAGUGGUGGCGGAGGCGGAUCUGUCGGCCAUCACGUCAGCGUCAGCGCCUCCGUCAGGACUGCUGCCCCACCUCCCGAAGCUCCCCAGCGCCAUAGAGGCCACAGCGACAGCCCCCGUAUGGUGACGAGGAGAUCUAUCCGGGCCCCGGCGGCGCCCACGAGCCCUCUCCUCAGCAGACACAACCAGCAGAGCCCUUCCCGAGGGCCUCUGCCGCCAGCGCCCGCGUCUACCUCUGCGGGGGCGUCGGUGGGCGGCGUAGUGGUACCGCCACCCCAUCCCGGCACCGUGCUGGAGGCGGCCAGCAUCAUCACUCCAGCCGUCGCAUCAGUCACGGCAGGAAGACAAACUGCAGGAGGCGCCGACGUCAUGCGAUACGACAGCCCAAGCCCUCCUCCGACCCGACGAGGGAGUGGCUACCGCCGGCGCCGCCACGGGUCGUCCCACCACAACGACUCGGGCUACGACCUCCAGCGCAGCAAGACGGACUCGUACAUCACCACAGGCUCCACUCCGGGUGGCGUCUCGAGGCAGAUGAGCCACGAAAGUGAAUCCUCCGACGCCAGCAUGACGAGCAUGCAGCCGGGCGUCCUGCGUUAA